GGAAUCAACAUGCCGAGUCUCUCACGUGCAUCCCACGUGUCCGCCGAGUCCAGCACCCGUGGGGAGAGCGCCCGGGAGAUGGAGAGAGGAUGCGGUACGAUUCUCGGCGGCUCGAUUCCUCUUCUCCAACCCAGGCGCAAGGGUGCGAAUUCCCUCUUCCCCAGAAGCAGCAGCAGAAGAGCCCAAAACCGCCGCCGCUUCGCCGGCGUCAGAGCCCAAGACCGCAACUCUCAACAGCAGCAGCUCAACCUCUCCGUCCUUCGCUUCACUCUCGGGAUACCGGGUUUGGACGAGUCCUACCUGCCCAGAUACAUCGGACUGGGCUUUGGCUCCCUCAUCCUCCUCAACCACUUCUUCUCCUCCUCCUCCUCAAAUGUCACUUCGGCUCAGCUCAGAUCUGAGGCACUGGGUAUUUGCUUGGCUGCCUUCUCCACCGCUCUCCCGUAUCUCGGGAAGUUUCUAAAGAGUGCAACACCAGUGGAUCGCUCAUCACUACCAGAAGGAAAUAAGCAAAUAUUUGUCAUGUCUGAAAAUGCUUCAGUUACUCAGAAGGAAGAUUUGGCUUGGGCAUCAUAUGUUCUUCUGCGCAAUACGAACACAAUGUCUGUGCUUAUAGCAGUUGGGGAUGUUUUAUGUGUACGUGGCUACUGGAACAUGACUGAAGAUCUUUCAAAAGCUCACAUAGUUGAAUGGUUCAAAAGUCAGAUUCAGCAAACUGGGUUUCAUGACCUGGAAGACACAUUAUACUUUCCUCAAAAACCAGAUUCAGAUUCUCAGCUUGGGAGGAUGCUACCUAAGGGGACUCUUUCUCUCCUAGUACAACCAGUGCUCAGCACUUCCACUCCAACUAUUAAUGUUACAAAAAAGACUGAAGGGUUUGUCUUGUUGGUUUCUAGUGCAGAUUAUGCAUACGGUGACAAAGAUAGAGCUUGGAUAAGAGCAGUUGCAAAUAAAUUUCAAGGUAUCAAUGCAUCUAGAAAUUUCCAUGGUGUUGAAACUUCUCAGUAAGAGCUUCAAGUAAUCAGUUUUCCAUUUGAGAACUAAAGGAAAUCUAGAUUGAUAUAAAAAAGUUCUUUUUUGCUGCAUAGCUAUGGUUAAUCUCUCAGGCAUUUGAAACUUGGAUAUGCUCAAUUAGUACAUUUGGUAACAGGAGAACUUUAAGAAGAUGCUCUUAGGUUAAUUAUAAUUUUCUAUGUGCUUGUAAGAUAGUCAUAAUCUUCUUCCAAAGUUGAAGUUAGCUUGAGUUUUAAUUGGUGAGCUUACCUCACUUUUUAGGUGACCAGAACCUCUCACAAGUUAAUUACCAGUAUCUUUGAAGAAGUUUAGGCGUGCAUUGGAUGUGAUAUGGUCUUUCAUUAAUUUUGUGAAGAUUUUAUGAUUAUAAAAUGAAAAAGGAAUGAGCUGGAGUUAAAUUAAUAUGCAUGUUUUCUGCUUAUUUUCAUAUUACCUUUAUCUCUUCCCACUCUUCUCCCUUUCGAUUCACAUUUCUUCCACGACUUUUUGCCUCCCUUCUCCUUUACUUUAAUUUUUUAUCUUAUUUUUCUUUUCUCCAUUCCUACUUUUGUUUUUCCUCAUACCUUCUUUUCUUCUUUAUUUUUUUUCUCCUUUUCCUUAUCUCUUUUCUUCUUUCCACAGGCAGCAGUAGCUCUGAUUCUUCCAGCUGUCGUUAUUUUUUUGUUCUUUCUCUUCAUAUUAGAGGAUUCCAAUUUAGUCAUCAUAUUCAAAAAAAUUACUUUUUCAAUUAGCUGAACUGUUCUUCAGUAAUUGCCCUUUUUCU